AUGACUGUUCCUACCAAUGCUGAUAUCCAGAGUAUCCUUGAAGCUCUGACAGACAAAGGGAAAGAAUGUGGUAGUAAUGGGCCCAACAAGUUUAUUCUCAUCAAUAGUGGAAGCAACUUUCCCAGCAUGAAGUCAAGAGCAUUUCAGAAGAUAUUCAAAUCUGAAGAUGAGCACAGUAUUGCCAGUACUAGGGCACAGAAAGAAGAAAUGUACAUUGGGCACAGCUUUGGGACAGUAGACGAAUCAACUCUUUGGGCUUCAGAGUCGUUAAGACAAGGAGAACAGGAAGGAAACAGCAGUGGAGAGACACCAAGCUGUGGCCUGGACAACAGUCUAACUAACAUCCAGUGGUUGGGCAAGAUGAGCUCCAAUGGACUGAGCCCCUGCAGUGUGAAAACAGAGAAGGAGAACCAGACUCCCAAGCAAAAAAUAAUUAAGGUUGAACAAGAUUCUGCACCUUUAUCCUCUACUACCUCAUUGCAGGAAUCCUUCUCUGAACGUCCCCCCUACUCCUAUAUGGCUAUGAUCCAGUUUGCUAUCAACAGCACUGAGAAGAAGCGCAUGAUGCUGAAAGACAUCUACUCCUGGAUUGAGGAUCAUUUCCCUUAUUUCAAACACGUAGCUAAGCCAGGCUGGAAGAUCAAGUAUUCAAGGUCUCUCAAGCCCACUGACUGCCUGAGAACCCUGAAACUCCUGGAGAAGCCCUCCACUGUGUCACAGGAUGCGCUGGGAGAGGACCCUGCAGCAUCUCCAGACCAUUGCUCCUACACCUCUGUGGACUCCUGGGAAUUGACACCACCUGCAGCACUCACCUGCACCUCCAUCUGA